AUGCAUUUCUUCACAAUUCUCGCAACCCUCUCCGCGACGGCCACCGCGUUCCCAGCAUGGGGUCGCUUCACCAAUGGCACCGCAAACGGCGAAGCAGGCAUCAACAAGACCACCAUCGGCGACCAUAACAUCGACAAGUCACGGAACACCGCGACAGUAUCCUACGACGACCAUUCAUCCUCUACCGAUGUCAAAUUCAGCGACAAUAAAGAUAAUAGCAACAGGCCAAGCUUGGGCAGCAUCUUGGAGAAGGCCAAUGUGACUGUUGGUCCUCUCACUGGUGAUUCCCCGCUCGUGUCGGGUCCGUUGAUUUCGCUUCCGUCGCUGCCGCGGUGA